AUGCUAUCGGAACCGCCUCGCUCAUCUGUGAAACUUCCGGUACUCAGUCUUCCUCCGGAUGUGCCGUCUCCGAUCUCUUCGCUGUCAUUGACUAGCAAACCGCACUACAUUCUGCCGCCCCCAGUCACCAAAAACACGGGGCCGGUGUCCUCCAACCUCCUCCCCUACACGCUUUCAAAGAGUCCGGAAACCAGAGAUACCUCGCCAAAUGAUAAGCCUGAGUCUGCUGCGUCCUCUACGCCUGAACCGAAAGCCGGCGAGGAAAUUAAACGCGAGAAGCCUGAAACCGGCGGGGAAAAGCGCAAGCGAGGACGACCUCGUAAAUUCCCGCCUCCUCGGCCAGAUGUGCCCUCGGAGAAGCGCAAGCGUGGAAGACCAAGGUUACCGCCGUUGGAAGAGAGGGAGAAGUCGAAGUAUAUCAAGAAGAAGAAGCCUGACAAAAAGGACGACAAAAACGAGAAAACGGGGGCCCAAGGUAUGCAGAUCCCAGAAUACUCAUUCCAACUAAAUGAGACUGCUACUUUCUGA